AUAUACAUUUUUUUUCUGGAGGGGAGGGUGGGGAAUAUUCAGAUAACAGAAUAUAACAAGUUUCAGGUGUAGACACGAUUUUGGCACGACGCCAAUACGAUUCAAUGCCAAAAUGUGGUGUGGAUGAAAGGCGGUACGGGCGACACCAUCAAAAACUCCUACUGUGCACAGUGAGCCACCAGGAUCAGCCGGAUCAUACCUCGGACAAGCCUAUUGCACCUGUCAACACACUCACACACAGGCACACACACCCAUCGUCAUGGAAUAGCACAACCAGCUGCAGCUUACUUUUGGGUCAACUAUGAGGAGGAUUUUACGGCUUGUGGUGUGUGCACUCGCGGGUCUCUUCGCUGCCUGUAUCCUCGUUUCUUGGCGAAAUGCUUGUGGACUAUUGACGAGGAGAGUCAUGGCAGUGGAUAACCUACAUCACCCCAUCCUAUCCGCCGCUCGUCUUACCGCAGACGGGCUUGUUUUGCAGUAGAACUUCCCUCCUGCAAAUUGCACACUUCCCCUCGAUCCCCCGAUGACUUUACUUCUCCAGACGAAAUGAAGUUGUUGAGUAUGAACUGAGGAUUGAACUGGCGUGCUUUUAAAGCAAAAGUGGCGUACGGAGUCAAUCAUGCCUGUUAGGAAAAAAGACACGUCCCGGGCGUUGGGGCUUCUGGAGGAGUACUGCUCCCGGCUACGGAAGCCAGAGGAGGACGCUCUCCGGACGGCCAUCCAGCGAGUGAUGCUGAUCUUCAAAAGCAACCUCUUCGAGGCUCUUCUCGAUAUCCAGGAGUUCUAUGAGUUGACGCUCCUCAACACCCACAAGAGCUGUGAGCAGAAGCUGGAGGAGGUCACCCACAUGGCCGACCGGUGGGAGAAGGCCGUCACGCCGCCGGACCCAGAGGUCACCCCGACGCCCUGCCCCUCCGUCCAGAAGGAAGAGCAGAGUGAGCAGAGAUGCGUUGAUCCCAUUGUGACGGAGCAGAGUGAGAGCAGUGCCAAGAAGUCUGAGAACAGGCCACAGGCGGUGCAGGGCUCCCCACCGAAUGGACAGCCCCCGCCCUGCAUGAACCCUGCCCUGAUGAGUGCUCCCUGGUACCACUACCAGGACGAAGACUCGCCGGCCCUGGACCAGGGGGGGUUCCCGCGGCUCACAGGCGAGGCCCGCGCCCCUGAGCUGGUGCACGUGUCGGAGAAGAACCUGUCGGAGAUCGAGAACGUGCACGGCUACGUGUCCCACUCACACAUCUCACCACUCAAGCCUGCACUGGUUACCCGUUUUGAUCUUGCAUACCCGGGUGUGACCACGGCAAACUACAUGGCAAGCCCAGCCCCAAUUGUAGUCAACACGGACACCCUGGAGUCGGUACCAUAUCUCAAUGGGACAGAGGUUGAAUAUGAGUUUGAGGAGAUCACGCUGGAGCGGGGCAACUCGGGCCUUGGCUUCAGCAUCGCCGGCGGGACGGACAACCCACACAUCGGAGAUGACCCGGGCAUCUUCAUCACCAAGAUCAUCCCAGGGGGGGCGGCCUCGGAGGACGGGCGCCUGCGGGUGAACGACUGCAUCCUGCGGGUGAACGACUCGGACGUGUGGGAGGUGUCCCACAGUAAGGCCGUGGAGGCCCUGAAGGUGGCGGGCUCCAUCGUGCGGCUGUACGUGCGGCGCCGUCGGCCCAUGCUGGAGACCGUCCUGGAGAUCAAGCUCAUCAAGGGACCCAAAGGGCUGGGGUUCAGCAUAGCGGGCGGGGUCGGAAACCAGCACAUCCCCGGAGACAACAGCAUCUACGUCACCAAGAUCAUCGACGGGGGAGCGGCCCAGAAGGACACCCGGCUACAAGUGGGAGACCGGCUGCUCAUGGUAAACAACUACACCCUGGAGGAGGUGUCCCACGAGGAGGCGGUGGCCAUACUGAAGAACACCUCGGACGUGGUCUACCUGAAGGUCGGCAAGCCCACCAACGUGUACCUGUCGGACCCCUAUGGGCCUCCGGACAUAACGCACUCAUUCUCUCCCACCAUGGAAAACCAUAUCUCUUCCCCGGGAAACAUCGGCGCCCUGGAGUAUAAGUCGGGGCUCCCGCCCAUCUCCCCCGGGAGUUACUCCCCCAUCCCCAAGCACCUGCUGGGCGACGAGGACGUGAACAGAAACCCAUCGCUAGACGACAGCGACGGUCACAGGUUUGAGUCCCAGCAUUUCCAGCUUAGGCCUCCCGAGCCCGUUUACAGCACUGUGAACAAACUGUGUGACAAACUGCCCUCUCCCCGACACUACUCUCCCCUGGAGGACGACAAGAGCCUCCUCCACUCCGUCCCCUUCCCCACCUAUCACUUAGGCCUGUUCCCCGACACGGACGUCACCAGGGAGCCGCGCAAGAUGGUGCUCCACAAGGGCUCCACCGGCCUGGGCUUCAACAUCGUGGGCGGUGAGGACGGCGAGGGCAUCUUCGUGUCCUUCAUCCUGGCCGGGGGGCCGGCCGACCUCAGCGGGGAGCUGAGGAGGGGAGACCAGAUCCUCUCGGUGAACGGCAUUGACCUGCGAGGGGCCACCCACGAGCAGGCUGCCGCCGCACUGAAGGGAGCGGGCCAGAUGGUCACCAUUGUGGCCCAGUACCGGCCUGAAGAACUUGCCCUAUGCUCACCAUGCCGGGGCCCUUCUCCAGCACCAGAGUACGGACGUUUUGAGGCCAAGAUCCACGACCUCCGGGAGCAGAUGAUGAACCACAGCAUGAGUUCUGGGUCAGGGUCGCUACGAACCAAUCAGAAGAGGUCCCUCUAUGUCAGGGCCCUGUUCGACUAUGAGAAGGCCAAGGACAGCGGGCUGCCCAGCCAGGGUCUGAGCUUCCGCUACGGAGACAUCCUGCACGUCAUCAACGCCUCUGAUGAUGAGUGGUGGCAGGCCCGCCGCGUGACGCCGCACGGGGACAGCGACGAGAUGGGCGUCAUCCCCAGCAAGAGACGGGUGGAGCGGAAGGAGCGAGCGCGUCUGAAGACGGUGAAGUUCAACGCCAAGCCGGGCUCCAUCGACUCCAAAGGGUCAUUCAAUGACAAACGUAAAAAGAAUUACAUCUUCACACGAAAGUUUCCAUUCUACAAGAACAAAGACGGCGACCAAGAAGGCAGUGAUUCUGACCGAAGCCAGGAAGAGAUAAUCCUCUCGUAUGAGCCGGUGAUGAGACAAGAAAUUAAUUACGCCAGACCUGUCAUAAUCCUGGGACCCAUGAAGGACCGGAUCAACGACGACCUCAUCUCGGAGUUCCCUGAAAAGUUUGGCUCAUGCGUACCACACACCACUCGACCAAAGAGGGACUACGAGGUGGACAGCCGCGACUACCACUUCGUCCAGUCCCGGGAGCAGAUGGAGAAGGACAUCCAAGAGCACAAGUUCAUCGAGGCGGGCCAGUACAACGACAACCUGUACGGCACCAGCGUCCAGUCGGUCAAAUACGUGGCGGAGAGGGGCAAACACUGUAUACUGGAUGUGUCCGGGAACGCCAUCAAGCGAUUACAAGUAGCACAACUUUACCCUAUCGCCAUAUUCAUCAAACCCAAGUCGGUGGAUUCAUUAAUGGACAUGAACAAGAGGCUGACUGAGGAACAGGCCAGGAAGACGUUUGAUAGAGCUCAGAAGCUAGAGCAAGAGUUUGGGGAAUUCUUCACAGCGCUGGUCCAAGGGGACACCCUAGAGGACAUAUACAACCACUGCAAGCAGGUCAUAGAGGAGCAUUCUGGACCCUACAUCUGGAUCCCCUCCAAGGAAAGACUAUAACUCCCCAGCUUCGCAGGGGCUCUGGACUGCUAGAAACUAGUGAUCAUUUGUAACAUACAAUAACUCUAUGGCGAUGAAUAGUCUUCUGAUAUAAUUAUUAUGAUUACCGGUAUUAUUAUUAUUAUUACUGUGAAUAUUUCUUUUUUUUUUCAAUUUGUUCAUUAUUUUUUUCGGGUUUUAUUUAUUUGUUUAUUUUUUUCACUCUCAACAUGAUUGUUCCUGAAUGUAUACCACAAAGUGUUAGACAACGUUUAGCUUCGAAUACAUCAACCGUUUGUAUAUUUUGUUCAUUCUUAUUUUUGCCAAAAAAAAUGAAAGAAAGAAAACAACAUGCAGCGGCAAGCGACAAAAUAAACGUGGGGUUGAUUUGU